UUUCCUUAUUGUAAUAUAUCAUUAUUAUUUAAAUUUCAGAAUGAUGUAGGUAUGCUAAUCGGGUGAUGCUGAGUGAUGAACGGCGAUCAAGAGUUGGUGACCGUAUUGGCAGUCUGUGGCGUGGCCGCCCUAGCCACGUUCAUAAACGGAUACGUCUUAUUAGUCAUCCUACUUAGCAAACGGACGAGUUCACCAAUCAACGUAUUGCUCACUCACUUGAGCGCUGUGGAUUUGAUUAUUUGCAUUGCUGUACUGCUGUCCAUUUUACCGGAGACAUUCAAUCAGUACGAAAAAGUCGCUCCGUGGUUGUGUCCUGUUCACGGAUUUCUGUUUAAUUUCCUACAUCCAAUGGCCAUUUGGACAGUGUGUGGUCUCAACUGUGACAGGUAUUAUGCAAUUGCGGCACCAUUGCAUUACGGAACACUAGUAAACAGCCGCAAAAUCAUGUUGGGUCUCUGCGGCACUUGGAUUGUGUGCUUGUUGAUCUCAUUGCCACCGGUUUUCCGGUUAGUUCCUUAUACUUAUCAACCGGGCCUACCUGUUUGUACUACAGAUUUCAGCAAAGGUCGAGCAACUAUUUUUUAUAGCAUUUUCUAUACGACCAUUACUCUAGUACUGCCUGGUGUCAUCAUACUCGGAUGCAACAUAAAAGUGUUCACGAUCGCCCGGUACCACAGGCACCGCAUAGCGUCGGCGAUAUUCGAAGUGACGCUGUCGGCGCAGGUGACCAUCACGCACCAGCGGAACCCGUUCUUCCUGCCCACGGCGAUGGCCAACAAGCUGCGCAGGAGCAACGCGUUCUCCGCCGUGUUCCAGAUCGUCGGCUCGCUGGCCGUGUUCUACCUGCCGUACUACGGCGUGUGCCUGUACGAGUCGCUGUGCGCGGCCGUGGGCGCGGCGCCGCGCACCGACCCGGCCGUCAAGUCGCUGUCGUUCGCUCUCAUCACCGGUUCGGCGUUGUGCAACGGGCUGCUGUACGGCAUCAAGAACAAGCUGCUGAAGAAGACGUACCAGAACUACAGGCGCAAAAUGAUGACCAAGUGCGAGGUGAACCAAGAGAUCCAGGCCCGGACGCCGUCCGCGUGCGGGUCACGCAGACCCUCGCUGACUCCGGUGGCCGCGGCCGCCGGCCACGGCAAGACGCCCGUCAUUCCGGCGGCAGCGCCACUGCUGCUGCUCUGCAGCCGCCGGUCGUCGCUGAUGAGCCUGUCCGAGACGGGCGAACCCCCGACGGCGAUUGCGGCCAGACGUCUUCCCGGCGCCACGUGUUCGGCCAACGCCCUGGACUUUGGUAACUUUUACGCGGACGUCCAUUUCAACGGCGGCGGCGGCGUCGGCGGUGGCGGCGGCGGUUCGUCCAUCAGGCGGUGCUACUCGUCGACCACCAACGACGACGGGUCCGACCGGGGCGGCCGGUGCGCGGUGGCCAACCGCAGCGCGUUCGUCCGGCGCAUAUUGCGCGACUCGCGACGAUCGCCCAGGAUAUUGAUCACGAGGGCCAUGUCCGAGGAGAGCGAACCGUACUCGUCGGAGCAGAGCGGCGGGGCCGCGGCCAUCUGCGGCCGGAAGGACCGCGGCGUGGCCGCGCACAAGCUUUCGUCGUCCGCCGUCACGCUGUUCAUCGACGACUGCAGGCCCAACGGCGGCCGCGUCCAUCACUGUCCGGACGUCGACUUCGACUUCGACGACGAUUGCGGCGGCGGCGGCGGUUGCGACGACGACGACGAAGACACGUCGCUGGCCUACUACAGCAGCCCGUCGUCCAGCAACGACGGGAGCGGUUGCGCGGCCAACGGCGGCGGCCUUACGCGGCUCACCAGGCUGUCCGCGUGAUUCCCGGUCGUGCCGGCGGUUCCGGCACGCAGUAUUAAUUAUUUCUUUCCCGGCGAGGCGGACGUUCCCUCCUCGUCGACCCCUCUCCACGCGCGCACGGAAACGACGUGUCUUGAACCGAAACCGAAUUAUAUCGGUUUCCGUAUUAUUGUAACUAUAAUAUCAUCGUACAAAAUCCUCUCGGAGUGAAACCGCGCGUUUCUUUACGUAACGAUACAACGACCGAAGGCGAUCCGUCGAGGUAACACCAGUGAUCGCCGUGGACGAUAUAUACACCGCAGUCGCAUCACAGAUCGUGUUAAUAAUAAUAAAAUUAAUUGAUAUAAAUAUAAUUGAUAUGAUCUGUGGUGGUGUACUGUACGCUGUAUUGAAACAAUAAGGCGCAUGUAAUAUUAAUCGUAUCUGAAAAAAAAUAAUAUAACGCGUAGGAUAGUCGAACGAAAACAAUGUAGACGAUAGCGUUACUCCUAUAUAUAUAUAUAUAUACGUGCAGUACUACCUAUACCUAUAUUAUAAUCGUUGAAAUAAAUUGUCGUGUUUAUCGGAUACGCUGAACCGGGGACAAACGGUUGUUUUUUUACAUCGCUUUAAGCUUAAUAAUGUCAUGUUAUUAUACACGUUUUUAUUUUAAAUUUAUUUAAUGUUUUAUAUUCAUAUAUAUAUACGUUUUUAAAAUAUGUUCCAUUCAAAUGACUAGUUUAUAGGAUGAAAAUAAAGAUGAAUUAAAUAACGUAUUUGUACUUACGGUGAUCCAAAUAGUGUAUACGCAAUUAAAAAUAAUUUAAUCCAAAAUUUAGUGGAGGUCACUAUAGCCUCACUGCGAAAUCACCACCGACUAGAAAGCUUCACUCGCGGCCCAUUGAAAUUAAAUUGAACACGUUACACGUGAUAUCGUUUUCACUACUGCUGCUGUUGCUAAACCAUUAUGACAAUGUUUAAUAAUUGCAUUGUAGUUAUUAUAUGCAUAAUAUAUUAUUAAAAAUAAUACUGCUUUCUUGGUUUUCAUCGUGGUUUAUCAUAUGUCUUAAACGACCUUUAUUGUGUAGGUCUUUCGAAGAUUAUAUUGGGAUUAUAUUAUAUUUAAGUCGACAGACAAUUCAUUUGUUAUGAAGUCAUUCGUGGGAUCAAAGGUAAUUUUUUUUUAAAUUUUUACCUAUUUUUAAAAUAUUGUUUUCGCGCUCAUUUUAGAUCAUGUCGCAUAAUUGAGCUUACUUAUCGCAACGAAUUUAAUUUCAACGAAAAUCCAUUAUCAUAAUUUUUUUUUUUUUACUUUAUUGUUUAUUAACUAUAAAAUAUUUGCUAUUGGGCAUUUACUGUUCAAACGUUUUUUAAAUUUUCUUUUUUUUUUUUAUUAGGGGGAACCAGAGGUAACAAGCCAUUGGGUGUAGGGUGGUACGGUAGGGAGUUUUUUUUUGUAUUUAUUUAUUUAUUUCAGCAAAAUCAAGCAUAGGUUUAGAUGGUUUUUAUGUUUGUAAAAAACAAGGAUGUGUUGCUAUAAACCUCCCGGGAGGUAAUCCAUCCGGAAACUAGCAACGUUGUACGUAUAUCAAUGGAUUUCUUAAAUGUAUAGAACUAUUAUUAGUAAACUAAUAUUGGACGGUUAUAAUAAUAUUAUUCCUCGAUAAGACAUAUUAUAUUAAUAUAUUAUUCAUGAAUAGAUUGAGUGUAUCGAUAAUAAUUAAUAGUAUUAUGCCUAUGGACAGUUUCCUAUAUUUUAACUGUUUUCAACAUUAUACCUAAAUGUAAUAAAAAUAAAUCUGUUAACACUAUUGAAAACAACCAUUCUGCAAAUGAGUUAACCAAUAAUAAUUUUAAUACAAUUAAUGCUUGUUGAGUAAGAAUGACUGACAUUUACUGAGUUAAAAUAUCCAUAGUAAGGUAUAAGGUAUUUGUUCAUUUUGGCUUUUCACAUAGUUUGACAGUUUGUAAAAUUAGACUCGGUAAAAUGUAAUACAAUUUGCUUAGGAAUAUAUCUUAUAGACCCAUUUCACUCAUCUAUCUAUUUUAAAUAUUUUAUUUUUAGAAUAUUUAUUAUUGUUAUGCUUGACUUCUUAUAAAAAUACGAUUUCUAUAAAUAAAUAAACAUAGUAUGAUCGACGAAAAAAGUGUUUACGUUUAAAUUUGAAAUUGUUGACGAUUUCCAAUCAUUGUGAAAUAUUAUUCGACGAUUUUGAAUCAAUUGUCGGUAAGCAACUGUAGUUAAAUGAACAUCGUUUUAAUUAAUCAUAGUAUUAUGCAAUAGUUCAACUAAGUUGUCUAACUAUAAUUUCGAUAAUUUAAUAUAGGUACCUACUAGUAUUUUUAAAUUAAAACCCAUUUAUUAAUUUAAAUCUGUCAACUAAUACCAGUUUAAAUUAAAAUCCACAUUUUUGUACCUUUUAACACAGAUAUUAAACUUCAAUAUCUACGGAGAAAAGUUAUCACUAAUCAAUGAAAAAUAAAUUAUGUUAGUUCAAAAAAUACAAAUAUAUAAUUCUUUGUCUUUAAAUGUCAUUGUACAACAAUAUUAUCAUACAUGUGUAAAAAUUAUUUUUUGGUCUAAAACUGCAUACGGUUGGUCCCGUGAGAAUUUACUUUUUUGGAUUGAUCAAGUAAUGAUUUUUAUAUGUUUCCAUCAUUUAAAAAUAUAAAACCUUCCAUCACAGAAUACCCUGUACAUCUAUCAUUAAUAUUGUUGUCGCUUAAUCGCUACUCGAUAAUAUUUUGUAAUUUAUUCAACGUAUAUAGUAGUUUUGUAUGACUAUUAGAAAUGAACAUUACUUCGUAAUUCGUAUAAGUAUAACGUAUAUUAUAAUACUAAAGAACACUAACAAUAACUAUAGCUAGUCAUUAAAUUAUAUUUUUGAGAAAUACAGACGUUUGUAAUUAGUUAUUAUCUGCUUCAGGCAUCACUGAAUUAGUUGUAAGAGUUUGUCCUACACCUGUACGUUUAAGAACCUAUUUACAUAUGUGACAAAUAAAUAUAUAUUAUUUUACGGACCUUAUCUGCCAAAACAUAUUUUAUACUCGCAAUAUGAUCAAGGGAAUUACAAAGUGGCCGUUCAGGUACCUAGUUCACUUACUUACAAUAAAUAAUUAUAACUCUUUAGAAUUUCUUUCGGUUGCAAUGUGGUACAUACAAUUUAUUACAAUCAUGUCGAACUUGUGGCUGACAAAGUGACAAACCAGAUAUAUGAGCAAAUAUAAUGCUAUGCUCUGCAGCUUAACUGCAUUAUAUCAUAUAUGUAUAAAAUACCUAAAUAUGAAUAUAGGAACAACAACAGACACGGAAUGUUUUACCUUCGGUGCAGCAAUGUACUAACUACUAACCCACUAUAAUAGUUAACAGUUUAUUGGUACCUAA